UCUGCAGCGACCCGCCGUCAUAUUGGCUGCUAGCGGCGGCGGCGACGAAGACCCCCACCACGAUGAAGAACGCGGCACUUAAAACAAUGAUUUAGCCUCUUUUAUUUCAUUUUUAUUUUUAUUUUUUUAAAACCAUUUAACUAUUGAACUGUUGUUUUCUCUAAACCAUCGGGAUGUUGCCGUCCAGUGACCGACUCUCGCUUCCAGCCGACACCGCGGUCCACCAGGGGGAUGAACGCCUGACUUCUCUUAAUAGCCAUUUUUUUGCAGACAAAGAGAGCUUUUGAAUAAGAGGAGGCUUUCACACACACGCGGAAAAAAAGGGCACACGGGUCCCAGGGGCUCCUAUUGAUGAAGAAAGUGGGCAACAUGUGGAGCAACCUGAAGAGCAAAUGCCAGACACUGUUUCACAACAACAGUUCAGGACCCAGUGAAAGCAGGGUUGAGGCCGAUGCCGUCCACUGUGUGUUGGAUCUUGGCCCAGGAGGCAGCUCAGGUGAGGCUCAGGCAUCAGGAGCCUCCAGCCCAUCACGCAGCCUCCUGCCGGUGCCAAUGGUGACAACAGGACGCCGCCAUCAUCAUAACUGUGUGUCCGACAUCCCUCAGAUAGUAGAGAUCACCAUCGACAAGGACACUGAGGAUGUGCGGGGGGGAUCAGGGGGUGUGCCCCUGGCCCGGAGAGACUCCUACUCCCGUCACGCUCCAUGGGGGGGCAAGAAAAAACACUCAUGUUCCACCAAAACCCAGAGCUCCCUGGAGGCUGAUAGGCGGUCUGGGCGCAUACGGGGGAGUGGUAACCGCAGGGACAGGCGGUAUGGAGUCGGCUCCAUCCAGGAGAUGAGCGACUCCGUAUCUGGAGGACGCAGUCUGAACGCUCGCUCUUUGCGACAGCGGCUGAGUGAUACAGUAGGGCUGUGCUUACCCCUUCCCGCUCGCAGAUGCUCCCGCUCUUCUAAGAACCCCGUCACCUCCAAACGGAAGAUUCACCUGACAGAGCUCAUGCUGGAGACCUGCCCCUUCCCACCAGGCUCAGACCUUGCACACAAGUGGCACUUGAUCAAGCAACACACAGCACCGGUCAGCCCGCAUUCCUCCACUGCCCUGCUGGAUGCCUUUGACCCGGCUCACCCCUCUCCUGAGGACGAGGAGGAACGACUGCGCGAGCGCCGCAGACUUAGCAUCGAAGAAGGUGUGGACCCACCACCUAAUGCACAGAUCCACACCCUGGAGGCCUCAGUGCCGGGCUCCUCUCUCUACAAACUGGGACCAAAGAUGGCUCCUGGCAUGGGAGAGGCCUCUGGGGAAGGCCGGGCCUCAGGGGCUGGCAGCUCUGUGGGUGCUGGAUCAUCAGGGGCCUGUGGGCAGGUGCUGGCGGCUGCAGCGUCGGCCCAGGACUGUGACUCUGAGGAGGAUUCGACCACCCUCUGUCUGCAGGCCAGAAGGCCCAAGCAGAGGCACGCCUCAGGGGACGGGCACCUUAGCCGGCAGCAGCCAGGGCCCUGGAAGGUUCACACCCAGAUAGACUACAUCCACUGCCUGGUGCCGGACCUGUUGCAGAUCACAGCUCUGCCCUGCUACUGGGGCGUGAUGGACCGCUACGAGGCUGAGGCGCUGCUGGACGGACGGCCAGAGGGCACCUUCCUGCUGCGUGACUCCGCCCAGGAGGACUACCUCUUCUCCGUUAGCUUCCGCCGUUACAACCGCUCUCUGCACGCCCGCAUCGAGCAGUGGAACCACAACUUCAGCUUCGACGCCCACGACCCUUGUGUCUUCCAUGCUCCCACUAUGACAGGACUGCUGGAGCACUACAAGGACCCCAGCGCCUGCAUGUUUUUCGAACCGCUGCUCACAGCGCCUCUCCAUCGGACCUUUCCCUUCGGCCUGCAGCACCUGGCACGAGCCGCCAUCUGCCGCUGGACCACUUACGAUGGUAUAGGCUCUCUGCCGUUGCCCCCUGCAAUGCAGGACUUCCUCAAGGAGUAUCACUAUAAACAGAAAGUACGAGUUCGCUGGCUGGAGAGGGAACCGCCACUCAAGGUCAAAUAGGGUGGCCUUCUCCAACGCCUGUACACACACUGCAGGAGGAUUACAGAACUUGAGAAAUUCCUCGUUAGCCAAUUAGAGGCUAUACUGACAUGGCUCUCUUUCUGGAGGGGGGUGGAAUUUAAAUGUAACAAGCUAUACAAGAUUCAUUCUAAUCUUUGUUUUAGUUAUUAUUUACAUCACAGAAAAUACAUAUGAUUAUAUUCAGUAUAACGCUGCCUGGCAAGCACACGUUUUUGUGUUGGACAGGUUGUUUCGACAGGGAGGGAAGGCACAAAUAUCAGUGCUUUGUGUCUUUUCUCUCCUGCUUUGUGCUAAAUGUCUGCCUGAUCCCACAACAUCACCCUGCCUGUAGACCUGCCUGCAUGCCUCCCUUGUUCAUCCCAAAUUGCUAUUUAGGCCCACAUGGCUACAUUGUACAGUUCACUUUGUGCUUUCUCUGUUUUUAUUUUUUCUUCCUUAGCUUGUCAAAGCACCUAGUGGAGCACCUUCCCCAAAAGGGUUUUAAGGUGUGUGUGUGUGGGUUGAGAGGGCAACUGGAGGUGCUAUUGGUCUAUUGCAGUCAGAGCUUGUCCCAUGGAUAGAGCUACAUAAGGCACAUUCUUUGCCAUCCCUUUUGCACGCAUGAGAAUCAGCCAGAGACAGGGACAGAUUCUGGGAGGGUCCAUAGAGUUCAGGACAGCACAUCAGGGAAACGACGUGCUUUCUAAGGACUAUUGAUUAGUCCUUAAAAAACACUAGCUCUUCUUUAAGCAGUAACAGUGAGUGAUGAAUAAUAAAUCAGUCUGCUGUGUCCUAUUUUGUGAGCAAGCUAAACUUUAUUCCCACUGAGCGGCAUUGCUUUCAGAACAUUAUUGUAAGGAAAUAAUUUGACAACUCUUGCCAUUGUUACAGUUGUCAGAGCAGUCACUGGCCACAGGCACUUCAGCUCUGUGCACACUAUUGUGCAUGUACUUCUUCCUGAAUGAAAGUUAGCUCCUAUGCUAACGUUUGAGCAGUGUUUAUUGAAUUGUGUUUUAUAAUUUAGUUUUACUCACCUGCUCCCUUCAGUUUGUAUCUUUUGGUGGCAUCUGGCAUACGGACAGCUUCACCCCCCCCCCACCGCAUCCCAUUUUGUCAUUUUUUCUUCACGAGACACUUGAAACAUUGGUGCAGAUGGCUUUGCACUUCGGUUACAGUAAGGAAUGCUAAUAAGGCUUUGCAGAUGAAUUAAGGGAACAUGUGUAGUCGAUGAAAACUAUGAAAGUUCAAAAUGUCCCUUCCAAACAUGAUCUGCUCAAACUAGUGAGGCUUGUUUUUUUCAUGGGAGACCCCAUAUGGUCAAAGAUCAUGGGGAGCACAUUUAACCUCACGUGACACUCAACAAGAAUCUGCUUGUUAAAAUUGUGAACGACAACUCCCAUAUUGCCCUUUUCCUUACUAAUUGAUAUUUCUUUUGAGCUCUUUUUAUGAAGCGCUGUGUCACCAGCAGGAAAGAGCUGAUGUACCCCUUUUCUUGGGAGUUGCAACUUCUGACUCUCAAGCUCUCAACUCCGACAAAUCCCCUCGUAGCCCAGUCGCAUUUAUAGUCCUAGUUACAGCAUCGAGUGCGGGCAACACUCAACUCUCGAGAGGUAUCUCUUGAGGGCUUUAGUUAUGGAAUCUGAAUGAUUUCAGUUGUGUGACUUUGGGAUAAAAACACUGCUGGCUAGCCGGUCAUUUCCAUUAUGUUCUCGUUGUGAAGAGAAAAUAAGUGUAACCUAUGUGCCUUUUUUUAGAGAACCAUUGAUCUCGUUCCAUAAUAAUUUGCUCUGUAGUCCAGACUUGGAGCAGGAGGUGCUUCGGAUGCCAUCAAAUGAGACUGAAGAGAAUAAUAACGAUGCUCUAAGCUCACUUACUAAUGGUGCUUAGUAAGUUUUUCUAACGGAUACAAUUGUAGUGGUGCUACGUUGAUUAAGCUAUGACAGAUUACUGAAAUGAUAAGUUGUAUUAGUUAACAUCUGUUGUCACUCACUAAUGCAUGCAUUAGUCUCUUGCCACAUUAUGGCCUGUAUGGUAGUAUUAGGUUUGUUAGUGGGUCCAAUGCCAGCCCUAUUGUAGCAUAUUUCAGUGCAAGAUAUCCCUCACAUGUGGUUCUUGUCCGCAACUUGACAAACAGAUCCGAGUGAGAGGGCAUGAAGGUUAACUCUUCACUGUGAGCAUUUUUAUCUGAAUUAUCCAGCUUCUGAUGCCCAAGUUCGCCAUCAGCAACACUGUUUGUUUUUAUUCUUGAUUAGUAGGAAAUACACAUUACCUGGCUUUUUAAAACUACAUUUGUUGAACUUCUAAUAGAAGACGUGGUUCCUUUAAGGCAUUCAGAGAAGAGUUUUAUAACAUAAAUAUCAUUAAUUGGAAAGUAUGUAGAUGAAAACCCUGCAGGUAAUCUGCAAAACUGAAAUAUUAAAGCAUGAGAUCAUGAUCACUGGGUAAUCUGUACGUUUUCAAACUAGUUCAUAUUUUAGUUUGUGUGUUCGCUCAGUCGUGUUUCUAUCAGCCCGCAUACGUGUUAAAGGUUAUUGUAGUUCUCGUCUGUGAGGAUGAAUCAUGAACAAGUUUCUUUACCCAUGAAUAUCUGAGUCUGUGACCAAAGCUCUCAAACACAGCUAUCUGUAAUAACUAGUAGGCUGAAGCUUAUUAAUGUGCUCAGUGGUGUUGAAAUAAAGCGAAAACUAUAUUUCAGAUUUACAAACGGAGUGGAAGUCAGCUCCAUACGACAGUAGACCUUUUGUUAUGCAGGUGGUAAAAGCUAAUUGGUGACGGUCUCUAGCCAGUUUGAACCUUUUAUUCACUGUAUUGUGAUCAGAACAUUUCCUCACAUAAAAGUCCCAAAAAUGUUCCACUGCCCUGCACUUUGUUCUCAGAAAGCUUGAAUCCCCGUAUGUGUCCGAGUGGCAGGAGUGAGUGAGUGAGUGUUAAGCCGAAGGGGAAUGAGGUCGACAUUUUGAGUUGCUCGUCCGUGCACUUUUCAGGAUUUUUUAGCAUCCACACUGUCAAAGAGAAGAAAUGUAUAUCUAUAUGAAAGCGCACAUCGUACUAUCUUGCUCACUGUCACCUGUCCUAUCAGGCUACUUCCUAGCAAUAGCAUACAACUCCCUACAGUGCCCCACCCCUCUUGCAGGCACUAAUCACAGGCUAAUUUUACCAUGUUGGGAUAUAAAUUUACUGGGUACUAAAAGGGCCACUCUGUUGCCUUAUGGCUGCUGUGUGGCUGAAGGAGGCCUUUUUUUUGUUAUUAUAUCCAACUGCGCUCUCUCCCAUCUGGCCACAUCCCUAACAUCCCUGUGCUGAUGUGGAGGUGACUGUGGGUGGUGCAGAGCGAACUAAGGCCUGUUUGUCCUACCCUCUACUCUCUAUCCAACCCUGCCAGGGCGAUGUUAGGCUGAAGUUAAGGAGCAGGAGGAGGAGGAGAGAUGGAGCAGGCUCACUGAGAGCCCUGUUGUGGCAACAGCGUGCUCACAGAGUGGGCUAGGGAUUUGUUGAAGUAAAUAGCACUUUAAUUGUGUAUUUGUGUUAUACAGUACAGUCUGCAAGUAUUAGGAAAGUGGGCUUUUUUUCUGUUGUGUUUGCUCUUCAGUAUAUUGGAUUUGAAACGACAGGUGGGCUUAAUGACAACUCAAAGCUUUAACUUUAAAGAGUGCAUAAAUAUUGGGUGAACGUGGUAGGAAUUGUGCUGCUUCUUGUACAAACUUAAGUCAUCAUAUUAAGCAUUUAGUUGAAGAUCUUUUGCAAUCAGCCACUGCUGAAUUCUAUAACAUGCUCAUGUAUGUGAGCAGACAUGAGCUGCUUCUUUUGGUAUUUUUAUGCCUUCAGUCUGGUCUAAAACAUGUGAAACAUCCCGCUGCUUUGACCUAAAAUUGGGGCAUUGCAUAUGAAAACGGCUACAAUUCCCGCUCUAUACAUCCAGUAUCAACACUCUUAAACAUACCAAAAGCAGAGAGUUGGCACUUGAACCUGUUUAUAGUCACUGCUUCGUCACCAAUAUGCUGCAUUACAGAGCCGAAACAACUGAAGAACCUUCUACCGUCCAAAUAUUUCCAGACAGCACUGUUUGUGUUUUAUCUCAAGAUGGCGAGACUUGUGUGAAAGAAAAAAAAAGCCGGUGGUCCUAAAAUAUUUCACUUUUGUUCAGGCGUCGUAAGCCGUGUCGAUGGAGUUGCGUCCUCCACCGCGCUGCAGACUCGGUGCGUGCGUGGGACUAUAUUAGUGUAUGGACAGAGCCACACGGAGGGUUCCAGUGGAGGGGAAGCUAGAGUCGACCGUGAGGGGUGAUGACAGUGACUCCUAUGAACAAUGCCUCUUUGAACCCCCCCACACCCUCCGUCCCACCCCCUCAUUAUUCUCAGGCAGGCCCAUUGCAAGGAGAGUCCCAGGACCCUCGCAACCCACUUUUCCCCAUGGGAAAUAUCUGACAUUAACCGUAGCACAUGUUUGCCAUAUAACCCGUAGAUUUAGGAGAGAGAGAGGAAAAAAAA